AUGGCCUACGUCCAUAUAAAACGCGCGGCGCACCUGACACUUUGUACCGGUCAAGUGCUCUAUGAAGUUUCAGACCAGCAAGAAAUUCGGGUCUGUAUCUUCUUCGAUCGACUAGCUGAGUUGUUUUCUGAGGGUAGCCUGUGCGUCACUUUCGUCUUGUUCCUUCGAGGCCAGCGACGCAGGGAUUGGACCCAAAUGACUUCGCUGUGUGCGGAUGUUAUUCAGUCCCAACUUGAGACGCAACCGUCUCUUCCUUGUUUGACGGUCACGGAAAUGGCGGAGAAAUAA